UGCGGGGAAGUUAUGUUUUCUUGAGUUUAUUAAUCAAUCUUGUCCCCUUGCAUAUUUGUGUCUCAUUAUUGUACCGUCUGUUGAUCAUUGCAGUGGAUAAAAUCCAGGAGCCUGCCAAAUUACGAGUACUUCAGCAACUAAUACUUCAAACUUCCAGAGGAGCUCCAUCCAAGGAUACAAAAACAGUUUUCCCUCAGGUAAAUAGUCCUAUUGGCUUCACAUCAGUGAGAUGUCAGGACUGAGCCCUACACAUCCUUGAGCUACAGGAUGCUUGAUGAAAUGAAGUUCUACAAAUUAAAGCAACAAAGAAGAACUUUAGGAUGGGUAAAAGUUUCUCCAGUGAAUCUUCCAGCAGGAAAUCUGAGAUUCAGAACAACUUAUAUUUUGGCUGGUAAUCCUUGAUCAUGGGGUGAUCCAGAAAUAAACUACAGGCUUCAAAGUGAGAGCAUUUCAAAGCUGCCCUGCAGUAGAUCAGUGCACCCAGGGAAAGGCAAGAGAUGAAUACUAAAGGGGAUUUUCUGUACUGAGACUUACCCAAGGAGAGAACUCUUUGCAGCAUUAUUGUUUUGUUUCAGAAACCAUCAGUUUCUUCUUAUCCCCUGGUACUAGGCAAGCAGAGGAUGGCUACAAAGAUCACGGCCACAACAAACACCCAGAGAAAAACAAUAGGUCAUGAAGAGUACAAUCUGUACAGUAGCAUGAGUGAAGACGAGCUUAUUCAACUGGCCAUAGAACAGAGCUUGACAGAAGAUCCCUCAGGUCAGUCAGCUGCCCAGAGUCAUCAGAAAUCGGUCAUGACAGCCCCUGGAGAGCCACCUACGUUGACUCGUCCUUGCUCUCAUAACCCACCGAACCAGAUUUAUCCUUGGCACAGGUUGGCAGCCCAGUCCGGAGGCCAAGCUCCAGGGUCAUCUUGGGGGGUCAGACGAAGGUACAACGGCAGCCUGUUCAUCACCCCCCAGCCUGUAGAGCUGGAUCCUGUAGUGGAAGCAAUCAAGGAAGGAGAUGAAAGUGCCUUGCUCAAUAUGAUGAAAUCAGGGAAGAACCUUUCCGAACCUAACAAGGAUGGUUGGCUACCACUGCACGAAGCUGCCUACUAUGGCCAAGCAGGCUGCCUGAAAAUGUUGCUAAGAGCAUACCCGGGAACCAUUGAUCAGCGUACGCUUCAGGAAGAGACAGCGCUGUACAUAGCAACAAGCAGGGGAAACCUGGACUGCCUACUUUCUUUGCUGCAAGCCGGGGCUGAACCUGAUAUUACAAACAAGUCCAGGGAGACUCCACUCUAUAAAGCCUGUGAACGCAAAAACGUCGAAGCUGUAAGGAUGCUGGUGCAGUACAAUGCUGAUGCAAACCACCGAUGCAAUCGGGGAUGGACUGCUCUCCAUGAGGCUGUCUCCCGGAAUGACAUAGAAAUAAUUGAUAUCCUGAUCAAAGGGGGAGCCAAGAUUGAAAGCAAGAACACCUAUGGGAUCACCUCUUUAUUUGUGGCUGCCGAGGGUGGGCAGUUAGAUGCUUUGAGAUACCUUGCCAAGUGUGGAGCUGAUAUCAACACCCAAGCCAGCGAUAGUGCCUCUGCUCUUUAUGAAGCCUGUAAAAAUGGACAUGAAAAGGUGGUGGAGUUUCUCUUGUCCCAAGGUGCAGAUGCUAACAAAGCCAAUAAGGAUGGGUUAUUACCUCUUCAUAUAGCAUCCAAAAAAGGCAACUAUGAGAUAGUCAAAAUGCUGCUCCCCGUGACCAGCCGCACUCGGGUCAAGCGCAGUGGCAUCAGCCCGCUCCAUCUUGCGGCUGAGCGCAACAACAACGACAUCUUGGAAGAGCUAAUUGAGGCCGGCUAUGAUGUGAACACCACCCUCUCCUAUGAGAGAGCCCGGCUCUACGAGGACAGGCGCAGCACCGUCCUCUACUUCGCCGUCGUUAACAAUAAUAUCUACGCCACGGAGCUGCUGCUGCAAGCUGGCGCCAACCCCAACGUCGAUCUUAUCAACCCCCUGCUAAUCUCCAUUCGCCACGGCUGCCUGAAAACCAUGAAGCUGCUUCUAGACCACGGGGCAAAUAUUGAUGCGUACAUUUCUAGCCAUCCCACUAGUUUCCCAGCCACCAUCAUGUUUUCAAUGAAGUACCUCAGUCUGCUUAAAUUUCUAAUGGAUCUGGGGUGUGACGCCGACUCCUGUUUUAAGUGUCAGUACGGAAAUGGCCCACAUCCUGUGCUGGAUCAUAGAAGGGGCAGAUUGGAUGAUACCCCAGUGAACAAACAGCCAAACAUAGUACAGUUUUGUGAUAUGGUGUCUGCUCCGGAGAUGAAUCGCUGGGCUGGGCCUAUUAUCGAUGUUCUCCUGGAUUAUGUGGGCAAUGUGCAGCUCUGUGCCCGGCUAAAGGAGCACAUAGACAGCUACGAGGACUGGGCAGUCAUUAAAGAGAAAGCAGAGCCCCCCAGGCCUCUCGCUCACCUUUGCCGGAUCAAGGUUCGAAACGUGAUUGGGAGAAACCGCAUUAAACUGAUUGACACUUUGCCUCUGCCGGGCAGACUGAUUCGAUACCUACAGUAUGAUUAUUCACAGUGACCUCGUGCAAACCUGGUGAUCAGCAGCUUCCUGGUGCAACAACCCAAUUCGUUAGAGAGGAGAAUAUUCACAUGAUCAUGUUGAACGGACUGCAUGAUGGGAAGGAUCACCCCAUAGCUAAUCUAUGUGCAUUACAAUGCUGGAAAGGGAGAGAGAAGAAAGGGAGGGUGAAAGACACAGGGUGACACAAACAGGACAGACUACCCUUUGAUUUUUUUUUUCCCAACAGAAAACAAGUGCUUUGCAAUGUUACACACCUGAAAGCUCUGUAGGGAAGGGGACAGGAAAGCCGGCACUGAAAAACUAGCAGAGCCAAAGCCAAGUGACAUUGUGGGAUUCAAAAAGGACCUGAGGGUCUUUCAGAGGUUAGAGUUCUUCAAUGCUCAGGAGUCAGUAAUUGUCAAGAAUCUGCAUAUGUGGGGAAACAAUCACAUUUCCCUGAGUGUUAUUUUGUUUUCUGUCAUGUUAGACUGAGCUGUUUGCUGGUUGCUAAUUCUCUGGUACCUUGACAUUGUCUCUCUCACCUAUUUAUUUUUUGUUUCUUUUGGCCUUUCUUUAUGAACAGUUCACUUGAUUUCCAAGCAUUAAAAACUCAGAACUUUUGAGAUUUUUUCCCCCACAGCAAAGAUAUUUUGUAAAUAUUGGUGCAAACCAAGAAGACUUGACUCAUCCUAAACUCCUGUUUAAGUCAGUGGACAUUUUAUUUGAGUAAAAAUCCAAGGACUGAAGGAUUUAGCUCACAGUAAAUACUGCUUGUGGUAUAUUAAAAGUGUAUAAGAAGUAGACAGGGUUCUGGUGUAAGUGAAUUUCUACAGUGAAGAUCCAAAAGCAAUUCUGAACUCCUUUUAACUGGUGUAAAUCCAAAAUAGCACCACAGAAAUCAAUGGAUUUUCUCCACCAUAAAAUUGCUAUGAGAGCAGAAUCAGGCCCUGAAGUUCAGGUGACAGAUUUAAGUGAAGCCAAGACACUGAGCUACUGUUACUUGUAGAAGAGUGAGAUUAUUUCAAAAUUAUAAACACUGGCACUAAGAUUUUCAAAAAUGGUUGCUCAAAAUUAGGCUUCUAUGUCCUUAUUUAUGCAUUUAAAUAGUGCCAGAUUAUGAUACACUUACACUAAACAUUUACUUAUGCCACAAGUAAUUCCACUGAAGUCAGUGAGGGGACUUGUGCAGUAAGGUG